AUGAAUCGCAGUAGUGCACAAAAUUUAAAUCAUAUGUCACAUGAUACUCAUCAUCACGAUCAUCAUAUUGAUGCAUCCAAAGAAAAAUUAACUACUAUGGGACAUCAUCAUCUCGAUACAACGAUGAAAAUGUAUUUUCAUGCGGGUACUACUGAAACUAUUCUAUUUGAAUCAUGGACAACCCCAUCUAUUACAAUUUUUAUUUGCUCAUUGAUCUUCAUAUUUAUUUUGGGAAUUUUAUACGAAGGACUUCGAGAAAUUCGUCAAUAUUUAGAUGAAACACGAUUAAUCGAAAGACCCAUAAUAUCAAAAGAAGGAAAUGAGACUGAAUUAGAACGUAUGAAUACUGAAUUAUUUGAAUCGGCUAUCCGAACUGGGAAGAAAAUUCGUCCACAAUUUCCUGAGCGUAUUCUACAUAGUGUAUUAUAUGCUGUUCAUUUGAUACUUGGCUAUUCUUUAAUGCUGAUAGCAAUGACCAUGAAUGUUUAUCUCUUUUUCGCUAUUAUUUUCGGUAUUGGUACAGGUCAUUUAUUAUAUGCAUGGUGUCGUACAAUAUCGUUAGCUAAGAAGAAUCAACGAUCUACAUGA